AUGCAAAUCCCCGGGCAGGCACAGCGACCUCCGGCCGGGCUGUCCCGGGAUCCCCCGGCGGCUGUCCGGAUCCCGCGGGCAGGCACAGCGAUCCCCGCCGGGCUGUCCGGGAUCCCCCCGGCCGGGCUGUCCCCGGGAUCCCGCGGCCGGGCGAUCCCGCGCUCGCUCCCCGCUGCCGGCGCCGGCUCCCGCCCUUGCCGCGCGCGGGCCUCGCCCCGCCCCUCGCCGCAGGUCCUGGCAGGGCCGGCGGCGGCGGCGCUGAGGGCGGCGCUGGGCGCGGGCGCGGAGCGGCGGCGGGAGCUUUGGAUGCGGCGGGCGAGCGGGGCCGGGCGCUGCUGCGGCCGUGGAGCCGUUCCACUUUUCUGCGACUUAACCCCCCUCUGCCUUUUCCCUCCCACUUUCCUCCUUGGAGUUAGCUUGGAGUCGCGCCUCGGUAAUCCAGAGAACAGGCCUUCACCCAAGGAGCUGGAGGAGCUGGAACUGCUGAACAGGGCCUUAGAGAAGGCACUGAAAGUCAGGAAAAGCAUCUUGAAAAGUCCAUUAGAGGCCCCGGGAGCUACAGGAAAGAAAUUGGCAGGUGAGGGACCUGCUGCCAGGGAGGCUGAAGAGCAGCAGGUGCCUGUACCUGUUGAGGAUGUUCCUGAGAGCACAAAGGUGGGAACUGGAAGCAAGAAGCCUGGCUCUUCAAAGAAGCCCUCUGCAUACCAGCUAAGAGCCCCUUAUAGGACUGACCCAGAUGUGAAGAAACCACAAAGGAAAGCCCCAGCCAGAUGUGUUUCUCAAGGUCCCAGGACAUCUGGGAAGAGCUCCUCAAAAGGGGUGGCUUCGAAACAAAGAGGGAGUCAGAGGACAGCAACUGGCAGUGCCACAGAGGUCUGUGCUCCAGCUGAACCCCAGAAGACACUUGGCUCGUCCAAAUCUGCCCCAAAUGAGCAGCAAAGUUUUUCUGUGGGGGACUCAGCUGGGGGAAAGAACUCAAUAGCUGCUGGCCAGGAGUUAUUUGAUGCAGGGAAGAAAAGCUGUGGUUUCCUGGGAGAGUCCAGCAAAAAGGAGGACACUGCAGGUGCAUCAGGAAGGAGCCUCUCACCUGGGACAGGCAUCCUGUGGGAAAAGGGAUGCCAGCUGAAGCUCCCCCUUCCCUACAGGAUAGCCUAUUCCAGGAACUCCAGGGCAUGGGAGAAAUGUCAUCUGUGCCAAACAAGUGCAGAUGCAGCAGCUGCAAGGGCCCGUUUUAUGGAGAGGAUCCAGACAACUUUUUGUUCACCGAAGGCAGACUUCAGUCCUGCAGAGAUAGAGGAGGAAUUGAGGGUCCUCCAGGAUGUCUCCUCCCAUCUGAGGCAGUAUGUGGAAGCUGAGACUGCAGACCCUCCCACUCUACAAAGGGAGUAUGAAAGCCUUUUGACCUUGGAGGGUUUGCAAACCACAGUUGCUCAGUGCCUGCAGAAGCUGCAGCUUCUUCGAGCAGCUCUGGAGUCCCAGCUGAGGCUGCGCCCAGACUGCACUGGGGAUGUGGGAAGCUGCUCCCCAGCCUGUGUCCCUGCCAGGGGACAGAUAUGUGACACUGCAGGAGUGCUGGCUCUGCCUCUCCUGUGUUACUCCAGCUUCCAGGAGCUGAGGGACCUGUUUGCCUUGAAGCUGCAAGUGUCAAUGCUGCACCAAGAGAUUGCCCUACAAAAGGUGCUGAUGGCAGAGCUGCUGCCUGUCCUGGAGCCCAGCCCGUGCCCGGAGGGCUCUGCCCGGCUCUUCCGUGCCAUCCACACCCAGCUCUGCCAGGGGGGCAGGAGCUUCCCUGUGCUGGUGAGGGAUGAGCUGGGGGACUGAGCAGGGGAGCCUCCUGCUAGUCCUUCACACACACAGACAAUUCUGAGCAAUAAAUCUUUUCUGUGAACUUC